UUGAAGAUUUUUUUACUCUUUCUUCCUAUUCUUCUUCACUUCGAGCUCUCAAAUCCGAUAAUUUGGGCAAAAUGACGGUCCUUUCUUUCCUCAGCAGAGCUUCAAGAGCUUUCCAAGGCUACCCUGCUUGCUCCAAGCUUCUGAUUCUUUGUACUCUCAGUAGUGGAGGUCUCGUGGCAUACUCAGAAUCACAACCAGACAAUGGCACUCCUGGUGUUGACCCUAAUCAAAAGGAGCUCAAGAAAAAGAGAGUGUUGGUGCUUGGAACUGGAUGGGCUGCUACUAGUUUCCUUAAGGACCUGGAUGCAUCAUUAUAUGAUAUUCAGGUUGUUUCACCCCGGAACUAUUUUGCAUUUACCCCUUUAUUACCUAGUGUCACAUGUGGAACCGUUGAAGCACGAAGCAUUGUGGAGCCAAUUCGAAAUAUUGUGAAGAAGAGAAGAGGGGAAGUUAACUUUUGGGAGGCAGAAUGUGUUAGGAUUGAUGCUGCAAACAAAAAAGUUUUAUGUCGGUCAAAUGUUGAAAGCAACUUGGUGGGUAAUAGAGAGUUCUCCCUGGAAUAUGACUACUUGGUCAUUGCUGUAGGAGCACAAGUAAAUACUUUUAACACCCCUGGUGUCAAGGAGAAUUGUCACUUUCUGAAGGAAGUAGAAGAUUGUCAGAAGAUCCGUAGGAGUGUCAUAGAUUGCUUUGAAACAGCAAUACUUCCUGAACUUACUGAAGAAGAGAGAAAGCGAAAUCUUCAUUUUGUAAUUGUUGGAGGGGGUCCAACUGGUGUAGAAUUUGCUGCUGAGUUGCAUGACUUUUUCGAAGAAGAUUUAGUCAAUUUAUACUCUACAGUUAAAGAUCUGGUGAAAAUAACAGUGAUCCAAUCAGGAGAUCAUAUCUUGAACACAUAUGAUGAAAGAAUUAGUUCAUUUGCUGAGACGAAAUUUAAAAGAGAUGGCAUUGAAGUUCAAACAGGAUGCCGUGUUGUCAGUGUUUCUGAUAAGGAGGUUACAAUGAAGGUGAAGUCAAAGGGAGAGGUUUUCUCCAUACCCCAUGGAUUGGUUGUAUGGUCAACCGGAAUUGGGACUCGUCCAGUUGUAAGGGAUUUUAUGGAGCAAAUUGGGCAGGGUAAUAGGCAUGUUCUAGCAACUGAUGAAUGGCUCCGAGUAAAGGGAUAUGAAGAUGCCUAUGCCAUCGGUGAUUGUGCUACAAUAGAUCAACGUAAAAUCAUGGAAGAUAUCUCAAGCAUAUUUAAAGCUGCAGACAAAGACAACUCAGGUACCUUAACUGUUGAAGAAUUCCAAGAAGUGAUAGAUGACAUCGUCAUAAGGUAUCCUCAAGUGGAUCUCUAUCUACAAAGCAAGCAUCUGAGGGACGUGACAGAUCUGCUGAAAGAUCCCCAAGGGCAUGAUAGAAAGGAAGUGGAUAUCGAAGAGUUUAAGUUAGCUUUUCGUCAUGUAGAUUUGCAGAUGAAGAGUCUGCCCGCAACUGCACAGGUUGCUGCUCAACAGGGUGUGUAUCUCUCGAGGUGCUUUAACAGCCGGCAGCAGAUCAAAGAUAAUCCAGAAGGUCCUCGACGUUUUAGAGGUUCUGGGCGUCAUAACUUUCGUCCCUUUAGGUACAAGCAUUUCGGCCAAUUUGCUCCUUUAGGAGGAGAUCAAGCAGCUGCAGAGCUACCUGGAGACUGGGUUUCAGUGGGUCACAGCACUCAGUGGCUUUGGUAUUCUGUAUAUGCAAGCAAGCAAGUGAGCUGGCGUACAAGGGUGCUAGUUGUAUCUGACUGGACAAGAAGAUUCAUUUUUGGAAGAGAUUCAAGCCGAAUUUGAGGCAACUUUUGGGACUUGGGAGGCCUGUAAAUCAUCCUUCAAAUGCAGUGACUAUGAUUCUCUGUAUCACCUACCACGUGUAAUAAUUUAAUACCAUUGAGUUGGGUGCCUCAUAAUAUUAUGCUACCUGGAAAUAUAUCCCAUGAGAUCUUCUAAGAACCCUCAUAAAUUACUCCCUCUAAUAUCACAGGUGUGUAUAUUGCUGUCA